UUGAGCACAACAAAGCAUGUGUCGCUCCGCUACGCUCUGACUCCCAUCGACAUACGGAAUACGCGCUUUUAUCGGAUUUUGUGUGUUUUUUCUUCUACUUUGAUGCAAAUCUUAGAAUAGUGGCUGCCAUGACGACAGAGGCGAGUGCUCUGAGUGAAGCGGACACUGAGGGGAAGCAGACAGCCAGUCCCACUGAACCUGAACCAGAGAACAAACAGAACCCAGAGCCAGAGGAGGGGGAGUCCUCCGCUGCCAAGGCCCAGGCCCAGGAGCAGGCCUCUGAUCCUGGGCACGCAGAGGCAGCAGUCACCCCCGAAGAGGAGCAACUGAAACCACGCACCAGGACCUCUGCUGGUAAAGGCCUGUCCAAACUCUUCUCCAAUUUCCUCAAGCGACGCUCACAGUGCUCAGAGGGAGACGGCUUUGAGGUGGAGAAAGCCAAGGAGGACAAGGCUGACAUAGAGGCAAAAGUUGAGAAAGUAGAAGAAAAAACGACUGAAGAGAAAAACGAAGAGAAGGAGAACAAAGCACAAGAGGCAGCGGCCGAGGUGAAAGAAGAGAAAAAAGAGGAAAAGGUAGAACCUGCAGAAGACAAGAAGAAAGAGGUGGAAAAAACUGAAAAGAAAAGCAGCAAGAAAAAGAAAAAAGAGGUCAAGAAAAAAAGUGAAGACAAGACGAAAAAAGUAGAGGAUAAGGUCAAAACAGAAGCUCCAAACUUAAAAAAAGAGGAUGCAACCAUAAAAAAAGAGGAUGCAAAUGUAAGAAAAGAGGAUGAAAAGGUAAAUCUAGAGGAGGUAAAAGUAAAACCAGAGAAGGAAGAAGCAAAGGAGGAAACAGUUGCUGAAAAAGUAGAAGAAAAAGUAGAGACAAAAGUAGAAGCUGAAGAAGAAGGGCCUGCUAAAGAGGAAACAAAAAAGAGUGAGAUUAAGAAGGAGGUAAAGAUCGACAAAAAGGAGGCAAAGAAAAAGGAAAAGGAGGAAAAGGAAAAGAAGAAGGAAGAAGAGAAAGCAAAGAAAAAAGAAGAGGAGAAGGCACGGGAGGCUGAGAAAGCUAAAAAGAAAGAGCAGGAGAAAAACAAGAAGGAGGAGGAAAAGGCAAAGGAGGCCAAAAAGAAAGAGGAGAAAGCAAAAGAGGAGAAGAAGAAAGAGGAAAAAGUAAAGGAGGAGAAAAAAGAGGAGAAGAAGAAAGAGGAGGAAACAAAAAAGCAAGAAGAGGAAAAAACAAAAGAAGAAACUAAAAAAGAGGAGGUGAAAAAGAAACCAGAGGAAAAACCAAAAGAAGAGACUGAGAAGAAAGAAGAGAAGUCAAAAGAGGAGGUGAAAAAGGACGAACAGAAAACUGACAAACCAAAGAAAGAAGAAGAAAAAGGGAAGAAAAAGGACAAGGGCAAGAAGGGUAAAAAGGGGUCUGCUGUAGAACAGGUCAAAGCGCCCAUCGCAGAUCCAGAACCAGAGCUCAAAACUGAACCAGACAUUGAGCCAGCUCCAGACCAGCGCUCUGUCGGCAGUGCAGAGCAAGCUCCUGGGGAAGACAAAGAGGAUCCUGAAGUAAAGGAGGAGGCAGGGACAGAAGAAGUGAAGGAGGACGGCGAAAAGAUUGAGCCUUCAGCAAAAGCUGAAGAGAAAACAUCGAAGGGAGAGAAAAAGUCUAAACCACAGGCAAAGAAACCUGCUAAAGACAAGAAAACAGAAGAGGCAAAAGGCGCCAAAGGCCGACAGAAGACCAUGCAGUGCAAAGUCGCAUUACUGGACGACACUCUGUUUGAGUGUGAGCUCGAUAAACAUGCUAAAGGCCAGGAGCUGUUCACUAAGGUGUGUGACCACCUCAAUCUAUUGGAGAAAGAUUACUUUGGUCUUGCACAUUGGGAAUCCUCGUCUAGUAAGACGUGGGUUGACCUCACAAAAGAACUUCGAAAACAGGCCCCAGGAGGCAUUUAUGAGUUUACAUUCAACGUAAAGUUUUACCCCCCUGACCCAGCCCAGCUCACUGAGGAUCUCACCAGGUACUGUCUAUGUCUCCAGCUGAGGAAAGACAUCCUGCGUGGGGUUCUGCCCUGCUCCUUUGUGACUCUGUCUUUACUGGGCUCCUACACAGCUCAGUCCGAGCUUGGAGAGUAUGACCCUGAGGUCCAUGGGACAGACUAUGUGAAGGAUCUGAACCUGGCUCCUGGACAGACCAAAGAGCUGGAAGACAAGGUCAUUGAGCUACACCGCACAUACAGGUCAAUGAGUCCAGCCCAGGCAGACAUGCUGUUUCUAGAAAAUGCCAAGAAACUCGCCAUGUAUGGAGUGGACCUUCAUCAAGCUAAGGAUCUUGAAGGUGUUGACAUCACACUAGGUGUUUGUGCCAGUGGACUCAUGGUUUACAAGGACAAACUCAGGAUCAAUCGUUUCCCUUGGCCUAAAGUGCUGAAGAUCUCCUACAAACGAAGCAGCUUCUUCAUCAAGAUCAGGGCAUCAGAGCAAGAACAGUACGAGAGCACCAUUGGGUUCAAGCUGCCAAAUUAUAAAGCCUCAAAGAAACUGUGGAAAGUUUGUGUGGAGCACCACACCUUCUUCAGAGUUUCAUCAGUGGAGCCCCCUUCCUCUCGGCGCUUCCUUGUGUUGGGUUCAAAGUUUCGUUACAGUGGACGCACUCAGACUCAGACCCGCCAGGCCAGCUCCAUGAUCGACCGGCCUGCUCCUCGCUUCACACGCUCCGCCAGCAAGAGGCUGUCCCGCAACCUGGAUGGAGGCAGGUGUGAGGAGGAUGACUGGUCAGACUAUCUGCAGUCCACCAGAGUCCAGUCUCCUCCUGGGCUCUCAGUGACAGAGGAGAGUGUACAGACUGACCUCGGAGUCAGUCAGACGUGGCCUGAGCUGCUGCAGCCAGGACCAGGGAAGGACGAAUGGACUACACUGCUCCAUCGACACCCUCCUUUUCCUUUUACGCCAUCAUUUACUAUGGUUACACAGCCAGUGGAACUUAAUUUGACAAAGAUGAACUCUGUAGAAAGGCUGUUUCAACCUGUGCCAAAGCAGACAGAUGACUGGUUCUUGUACUUUGACCGCAGUAGUGUGUUGAAAGGGGGCACUAUUUCAUACCAGCUCCAGCAAAGGGAAAAGCUCUCUGUAGAAAUAACCACUGAGGAAGUGAUUGAGAGGAGACAGGAAACAGUCACUUUAGUGGAUACGUUGAAGGAAGUGGAUGUUUUAGAAAGACGCCUGAAAGAAGUGAGAGAUUUAGAAGAUCGACUUCAACAAGUAGAUGAGCUACAGGAAAGACUUCAGGAGGUCAUUGAGGAGGAGCUAGGAAAAGAAGAGGUGGUUAGGCUCAGGGAGGAGGAAAAAGACGGCGAAAUACGACUAAAAACUAUUAUACGAACAUCAAAGAAAACAGAGGGAGAUGUGGAUGAGCUGGAAGAUGAAAUUAAAAGGGUAUUUCUCAAAGAUUUCCUGUCUGAAGAAGAGAAGGCCAGGCUGCAGCAGGGCCUAAUGGAAUCUAGAGACCAGAGCGUAGGUAUGGAAAGUUUGAGGGAAAAGCUUGGUCAGAUAGAAAAAGAGUGGAGAGAAGAUAUGGAGAAGGAGCUUAGCCUGUCAGAUAUUGGAACCACUGCUGUUGUAACAUACCAGGUGGAGAGAAGGAUGAAGAAAAUAGGGACACUUGUGGAUGAAACAAUUGAAAUAAAAGAUAUGCCAAAAGGGAGAGUUGAGACAACAUCUAUAAUAAGGAGGACAGAAGUGCUUGAGGAGAGGGCUAGUAGCUUUACAAAACCAAGCCAAUCUGACAAUAAAGAUGUCUGGUUUAAGCUUUUUGAUCGUCUUCCACAUAAGACUGUUUACAAGCCAGUGGUUUCCUCUAUGAGAAUGAUGCAAACCGAUGCAGAUAUUGUUUCAUCAAAGCCACAGAUUUUGGAGAAAGAGGAAAUUUUUGUUGAAGAGAUGAAAAUUGAAGAUGAGGGGAGAGUUGUGCAGACCCCUCUGUCCCCUCUGUCCCCUCUGUCCCCUGUACUGAGAGCUGAUGACUGGUUUGUCUUGUUUGAUGUUGUUCCAAGAAUUGUACCCCAAAAACUACCAGCUACUUCUCUCCUGCACGUUAUGGAGAGGGAGACUGAAAAGAAAGAUGUGCCAAGAGUUCAAAUUGUUGAAGAAGUAAUAGGGGUUGAAAGUGACAAAAAAACAGACAAGCUUGCUGUUGAUGACUACCGCAGAGAAGAGAUUUCUUUUGAGACAUUGGUAUCCUCAGAGAAGGUUGUAAUGCAGGAGAGUGUAAUUGUGAAAAAGGGGUCAUCCAGGAUUAAAACAAACGAGCAGACAAUCUCCCAACCAGCCCAGCAAAGAGAGGAUAACUGGUUUAUUUUGUUAGAUGUUGCUACCAAAGCAUCUCCAUACAGAGCACCAGUGGCAGCAGUGACUUCUUAUGGUCAGGCCUAUGUUGCUGCACCCAAAGAAACUUCCUUUAAACCUACAGUGGGGCCUCUUGCUCAAAUACUUCCAAAACCUGAGCCUAAAGUUGAAGUUGAAGUUAAAGUGGCAGAGAAGAGGGCUGAUGCAGUGCAGAUAAAACCAAGGCCUUCUCAGUCACUGCCACAGAGAGAGGACGGCUGGUUUGUUCUGUUUGAGUCCAGAUCAAGGUUAAUCCUCCCAACAGUGCUUCCUGUUAAACCUCCGGUGGGUAUAAGAAAAACUUUGGAUUCGAAAAUAGAAGCCACAGAGACCCAAGUACAGGAGUUGAUAAUUGGUGUGGACAAAACACAAGCUGAAACACGUUCAUUUGAGAGAAGACCUCGUCCAAUCAGAGCCAAGUCUGAAAGAGAGAUAGUAGAUGAUUGGUUUGUCCUUUUUGACAUCAUCCCUUACAAGCCUGUCGCCAAGCCAAAAGCUAUUGUGAGAGAAGUUGCAGCUGUUGUGCCAAAAGCCAAACUAAUUUAUGAUGAGGUAAAGCCACCAGUGUCAGUAACAAGGGUAAAAAAAUCACUACCAAGAAAGAUCGAUGAGGACUGGUUUGUCCUACUGGAUGUCGAGCCUAAACUAAAAGCUGUGGCUAAAUCAGUUCGUUUUUUCCCUGAAGUAAGAACAGCCAAAACAGUAGUGACCAAAGUACAAGAAACAAAAGAGGUUGGAGCUGUUGUGUCAAAACAGAUUUAUGAUGAUACAAAGAAAUUUGUGACAGUAACAAGGAUAAAAAAAUCACUACCAAGAAAGAUCGAUGAUGACUGGUUCAUCCUUAUGGAUGUUACAUCUAAAAUAAAAGCAGUGGCUAAACCAGGCCGUGAAAUAAAAACAACCAAAACAGCAGUAACCAAAGUACACAGAGCACAGCAGACAGCAAGAGUAACAGAGAUGAGGUGGCAGAGAGCAAGUAUGGAAAGGAGAAGACUUCCUGCUACAGUGAGAAAAGUGGCUGAUGAUUGGUACAUUCUCUUGAGCAAGAUCGCAAAAGCACCAGUAUCUACGCCUGCUCGUGUCCGGUUUACCACCAAAGAAAGCAAAAUUGCCACUAAAACGAAGGUGACCAUUUCUGAGAUUCGUCCACGGUUUGAGAGGCGGGUUCAUAAGGAAAGACGCCCCCCCUCUCACAGAAGUGACGAUUGGUUUGUUCUGUUUGAACGGGGCCUCAAGAAGUCAGUGGUGAUCACACAAAGAGGCGCGCGUCCUGUCAGUGCUCCAGUGUUCUCACAGGCUGCUCUGGCUGAGGCAGGGAUCCCCAUGGCCCCUCUGGACCAGCCCCAAACCUCCACCCCCAUCAAGGGCACCCGCCAGGAUGAGAGGCGUCUGGAGGUUACCGUAGAGACAGAGGAGAUCACUAAAAUGGAGACGCUGUCCGAGGUGAAGCCAAUAUGGAGGGACCGUAGAGAAGUACAGUCAGCCCUGAUAACCACUGUCAAUGGGGACCUGAAGCACGAGAGAGAAGUGGCGAGCUCCGAGGUGGUACGAUUGAGACAGAGAAGGGCAAAGAGAAUUGAGGGUGACUCAAUUUAUAUCAGACAUAGCAUUUUAAUGUUGGAGGAGUUUGACAAACCCCAGGAGGACCUGCUCAGACACCAUGCCAGCAUCAGCGAGCUCAAGAGGAACUUCAUGGAGGCGCUGCCCGAGUCGCGACCCAGUGAGUGGGACAAGCGUUUGUCCACACACUCUCCUUUCCGAACGCUGGGGGUCAACGGCCAGCCUCUGCCUGGAGCUGAUGGGAGUGUGUGUGAUAGCCCUCAGUGCAGUGAGUCUAGGACAAACACUACACAGGAGGAAACCAGGAGUGUGUUGAGCUUUUCGGGUGCCUCCAGUCCCACAGUCAGCCACACGAGUGAGCCUGACAGAUCGCAGGACUCUGCAGUCGAGUUGUGCGAUCAAGACGUGGUUGUAGUUUUUGAGACGUCUCUGGUGCCUGUUGUGGAGGUGGAAAUGGCCCAGCUGCCCUGUAAAGAGUUAGAUGCAGCACAUGUGAGGGAGCUCCAAGAGUCACAUCCUGCAGAGGAGGACUGCUCUGGGACAAUAGUUGGAUCGUCUCCUGUCUCCUAUUUCAGGAGUGAUGGUCCCAAGGUCAUGCGCUGCUUUCAGCCCCCCUUGGUGCAGACGCAGACAGUCACCAUCACAGCAGAGUCCUCCUUUUCCAGUGGCAUCUCCACCACAGAGGUCCCUAUCGUCCCAACCCAUUCCAUCACCUAUGAGUCUUCAAAGGUGGAUGGAACAGACGAAGACAAAGAGGUUUCAUCUGAGUCCAGCUCCAAAACGGUGACGUCAGAAACAACCAGUGGCACCACAGUCACCACCACCACAACUCACAUCUCAAAGGCAUUGAAAAGCGGAUCAUCUGAGACUCGUGUUGAGAAAAGAAUCGUCAUAACUGCAGACUCUGACAUUGAUCAAGAGAAGGGAAAAGGAUCUGGAGCCUCUGCAUUGUAACUGAUUGACAUUUCUUAUAUUUUCGUCCAUUGUUUUUCAUCAGUGCGUCUCACAACACUGUGGCUAGCUCUAUGCCCACACAUAUCAAGUAUCUCCCAUAAUUAUUGUUGUAGACAAGUUGUAGAUGUUUUUGUUUUGGUUCAUUUAUACUAGAAAACAUUUUAUGUUUUCUUUGUUCAGCAGCAUUUCCAGUGGUCAUUUUUCGCUUUUACAGGAUUUUAUGUAGUUGUUUUUACAUCUUUUUUUAAACUAACCAUUUCCUUUGUAGCUUUAGACCACUUUAUAAGCAUUUAUUUCCUUGUUAAACAUUCAAGGGAAUUUGUGUUGUUUACAUGUGUAAUAGUUUAGGUUUUCAGAAAUACAUUUUAAGUGACAUACCUCGAAACAAAAUGUGAACAAAUAUAUUCUGUGCCCAAAGGUGGGCUUUGUUCCAGCUCAGGUACAAAAGCAGAUCUAAUUAAUUUCUUCCCUGACCAGCCAAGAACCGGUAGCGUACUCAUUAUUGUAAAGUUUAAAUUAAAAAUUGUUCUAUUUUGAAAUAUUUCUCUAUUUUAUAGAAUUAAUGCUUUUAUAGUGUUUGUACAAAUUAAGGUUUUUAAGUUAUACAUAUCCAUUUUCUCAAAUUGUGGGUUACUGUUGUGUUGUGUAUUAUUUGGCAUCAUUAAUUUUUAACAUCGUCUUGAUUUUAAUUAGUCUUGUUUGCUCUGUAAAUCCACAUACCUAUCCUGUCAUUUACUCAACAUAUCUUACACUGGUAUGUUUCCCUCAACUUAAUGUUGAAAAAUGUACAUCUGGUUUAAUUUAUCAUCACUGGUCUUUGUAUCUCAGGUUUUGUAACAGACCCUUUCACGAUUGUAUGAAGAAUGUGUUUGUAUGUCCCUUCUUGCUCUAAAUGUGCAUCUUUGUUGUGUCAAUGAUAAUAUGCACAUUCAAAGUGAAGAUUUUACAGUGUGUGUGGCUUUUUCCUAGAAACACAUUUUCUAUGUGAUUCAUAUAGCAGAACUGUGUGGUUUAAUGUAAUGCAUUUUUCAACAGAAGCAUGUUUGAAGGCUCUUGUGACUGGACACCAUGUUAAAUGUAUUUGAUUCCAAAUCAACUUUGUAAAGCCUUGUACCACCAUCAACAUAGAUCACAUGUCACUUGGUGUUUUCUGUACUUCUGCUGUAGAAGAAACGUACGCUUACAAAAUAUCAAUUCUUUGUAAUAGCAUGUUAGCACAUUUUUAAUCCCCUAAAAAGCCAUUGGUAUUGUAGCAACUUGGAAAAUUUAUCAGUAGUUUCCACUUAAAAAUGUUUUUAGACUAUGAAAAAAUAUUGUUGGGUUGUGAUUUAUCCCUGUCUUUUUAUGAAGAAAAAUAAAAUGUGCAUUUUGCAUUUA